AAAAUAAAAGUAUUAAGCAAAACAUUAAUACAAAACAGUGUGCAAACAAGUUGUUUAUUUGUAUUGGUGGUCGCGUAAUUUCACAACCUAAUCGACGGUGCGUAAGCUGAUUGUUUCUUCCCCUUAGCGUGUUCAGAUAAGAAAUAAACAUGUCGAAACCGGUACCACUACUUGGCGGAGAAGAGGACAAUGUGAGCCGACAACCGUCAGCGGACGUGAAUGAUUUGGAAUCGCCAUUGCAUACAUUUUCAACCGGCAUUCGCACAGAGCUGGAAGAGUUCCGUGACAAUUGGCAACGUGAACUGAAGAGUCAGAGUGCAACUGCAACACCUACUAGAACCGUAGAGCAAAAGAAACAGUCGACUAACAAUGCCGCUGAUGUUGAUCAGCAUAAGUUGGCAGAGAAUCUAUUCCGUAGUGCCGUAGAGCUAGAACAGCGAGGCAAGGUUUAUGAUGCUGUACCAUUAUACCGCAAAGCUGUGCAAAUCGUGCCAGACAUUGAAUUCAAAUAUUAUGAGCAACAAAAGAAAAAGCCAACAGCAGUUGCUGUUGAAGGCACUAACUUGUUAGAAACUGUGCAAGCUAAAGCAAGAGCAGAUGAGUUAACUGAUAAUGAAGAGAUAAUCGAAGAUUUAUAUGAAAAGUUUCAAAUGGAUUUGGCCAGUGCUGGUGGACGUUUGCUACUCAGCAGCCGAGACCCGGGAGUAAUUACCACGGAAACACAUAUUUCCGAAUUACCACCAGAAAUAUUGCUAUACAUAUUACGUUGGGUGGUAUCGGCACAGUUGGAUAUGCUGUCGCUGGAACAAUGCGCUUCUGUUUGCAAGGGACUAUACUUGUGUGCGCGCGAUGAUGAGCUAUGGCGUUUGGCGUGUGCAAAAGUUUGGGGUGUAAAUCUUGGCUCACUAGGUGAACCGGUAAACCGACCAACUGAACAUAUAACUGAAACUACUGACACAACACCCAUUGUGUACACUUCUUGGCGUCAAAUGUUCAUCAUGCGUGAGCGUGUCAUUUUCAGUGGCUGCUACAUAAGCAAGACAACCUAUUUGCGUAUGGGCGAGAACAGUUUCCAAGAUCAAUUUUACCGUCCCGUACAGUUGGUAGAAUAUUAUCGUUAUGUACGUUUCUUAGGCGAUGGACGUGUGCUCAUGAUGACCAGUGCCGAUGAGCCAACACAGGGUGUGAAUAAGCUAAAGAAUGUUCAUCAAUUGCGCCCUGAAGUACUAUGUGGCCAUUAUCGACUCUACGGUGACACUAUAACUAUUAUGCUAAAGAAACAACAACAGUCGCAUAGUAAUCACCAUCAAUAUGCGCGUCAUCGUCGCGGUAGCAUGGCUGUAUACAACGAAGAGCCAAAUUGUACAAAAUAUUGUAUUGAAUUUCGCAUAACAAAUACAACAAAGCGUAAAUAUGCACGUCUUCUGUGGAUACACUAUUCUGUGGUGCAGACGCGUAAUAAAGUGGAGACUUCAUCACAGUUUGAAUUGACGCCCUCCAAGUAUCCACCGCUAUGGUUCUCGCCGGUUCGCAGCUACCAUUUGGAUACCGAUGCGCCGCUCGCCUAAGUGUGCUGUAUAUAUAUGUAUGUGCUGUAUAAAUAAACAGUUGGAGAUUUAGCUGUGUACAAAGUUACGCAGGCAUAAUAUAUACUUAAUAAGACAAAACUUUAAUUAAUUAAUAUUAGUACUUAUUGAAUUACAAAAAUGAUAAACGUACAGGAGCUGCAUGAUUGCUGUACAGAAUUCUAUAUAUUUACUAUACACACAAACUCUGUAGAGGCUAGCGCUUAAAGCUUGAAUAUGUGGAUUUUUUUCUAAUAUUAAGUGAGUGGCUUCCAAGUCUGGAUUUUAGUUUCCUGUUGGCUGUUAACACAAAAUAACGAAGUAAUAAAAUUAUUAUUACAUAACCUAAAAUUGCAGUACUCAAAAAAAUUGGGAUUUUAGGAAAUAUAAUUAGAG